AUGAGAAGCGAAGCUCUUCCCGAUGCUCAAGCUUGGGAUGGGGGUGAAGCUCUUGCUUCAAAGGUCACUUCCGAAGCAUGUGAGUGGCUGAACCGAUGGAGGGGCAAUAUGCAAUUGCUAGGGUUCACAUUCUGGGAUGCGUGCAAUAUGCUUGUCUCCUGCAUGGUGGGAUCAAAAGUAGUGGGGGUUGCCGAUGAAUUCGCUGUGGGUUUGAACUUUGGAAUCGCGGACGGUGGUGGAUAUGAAGGAUAA